UAAAAGCACCACGGGCUUGCAAAAUUUAUUCAGUUUCAAUUUAAAGAUUUAAUAAUUAAAUAAGUGAAAAUUUUCACGCUCUAAAAAUGGUCAAAAUUAUGAUAAUCCUCGCUGUAUGUGUUGCGCUCGCAGUAGCACAUCCACAAGGUUACGGAGGCUAUAGCGGCAGCCAGGGCGGUCGUGGUGGUGGCCAUGGCGGACAACAAGGAGGGUUUGGUGGCAGUCAAGGUGGGGGCUACGGUGGCCAACAAGGAGGAUUCGGUGGCAGUCAAGGUGGUGGUCGGGGCGGACAACAAGGAGGAUUCGGUGGCAGUCAAGGUGGUGGUCGGGGCGGACAACAAGGAGGAUUCGGUGGCAGUCAAGGUGGCGGCCACGGUGGCCAACAAGGAGGAUUCGGUGGCAGUCAAGGUGGAGGCCGUGGCGGACAACAAGGAGGAUUCGGUGGCAGUCAAGGUGGGGGCUACGGUGGCCAACAAGGAGGAUACGGUGGCAGCCAAAGUGGUCGCGGCGGUGGACAUUAUUGAAAAAGUUACUCUAGCUAAUAAAUCGAUAAAAUGGCCGACUUGAAUCAAGUUUCGUUUAAAUGUAAAUUUUUUAAAAUAUAAAUACAUAUGCACAUACUUGUAUGUAUGUUUGUAAUUUUAAAGCGUAAA